UAUAUAAAAAAAACAACAAAAAAUGAAACACAUAAUGCAUUCUGCAAGAAUAAAUAAUUUCAUGCACAAAAUACACAUAGUAGCGCAAAAGUCAUUUUUGGUUAUUCGUGCAGAAAAGAUGGUGGUGACGGCAGCUUCUGUACGUCAACAGCUCGCAAAUUUAGCAUAUUGCGGAGGUUCUCAUAAAGAUCAAGCAGAAAAAUAUCGAGCAAUAUUGGAUUCAAUACUGUUGUCAUCCAGCGAAGAAGCGAUGGAUGCUUUGAAGAUAUUCAUUGAAGCAAUUGUAAAUGAAUAUGUAAGUUUGGUCAUUUCAAGACAAGUUUUAACAGAUGUUAGUAAUCGAUUAUUACUUUUACCUGAUGAAGUGUCAAUGGCUAUUUCACAUUAUACAUUAGAUAAGAUUCAACCAAGAGUUAUUUCAUUUGAGGAACAAGUUGCUAGUAUAAGACAACAUUUAGCAAAAAUUUAUGAACGUAAUCAAAAUUGGAGAGAAGCAGCUAAUGUUUUAGUUGGAAUACCAUUAGAAACAGGACAAAAACAAUAUACAGUUGAUUACAAACUUGAAACUUAUCUUAAAAUUGCAAGAUUGUAUUUAGAAGAUGAUGAUCCAGUCCAAGCUGAAGCAUUUAUUAAUAGGGCAUCUCUUUUACAAGCUGAAUCAAAAAAUGAACAGUUACAAAUUUACUAUAAAGUUUGUUAUGCAAGAGUAUUAGAUUAUAGAAGAAAAUUUAUAGAAGCUGCUCAAAGAUAUAAUGAAUUAUCAUAUCGAUCUAUUAUACAUGAAGAUGAACGUAUGACUGCACUUAGAAAUGCAUUAAUUUGUACAGUAUUAGCUUCCGCAGGUCAACAAAGAAGUCGAAUGUUAGCUACAUUAUUUAAAGAUGAGCGCUGUCAACAACUUCCUGCUUAUUCAAUUCUUGAAAAAAUGUAUUUAGAUCGUAUUAUUCGACGUUCCGAAUUACAAGAAUUUGAAGCCUUAUUACAACCACAUCAGAAAGCAAGUACGAUCGAUGGAUUAGGGUCAACUAUUCUUGAUCGUGCCGUUAUAGAACAUAACUUAUUAUCUGCUAGUAAAUUGUAUAAUAAUAUAACUUUUGAAGAAUUGGGUGCUUUGUUAGAAAUUCCACCGACAAAAGCAGAAAAAAUUGCUAGCCAAAUGAUCACAGAAGGUCGAAUGAAUGGUUAUAUCGAUCAAAUCGAUUCUAUUGUACAUUUUGAAACACGCGAAACUUUACCAACGUGGGAUAAACAAAUACAAUCUCUUUGCUAUCAAGUAAAUCAAAUAAUAGAAAAAAUUGCUCAAACUGAACCUGAAUGGAUAGCAAAAGCCAUGGAAGAUCAGAUGGUACAUUAAUAUAAAUUUUUUUUUAAUAUUAACAAUAUACAUACAAGAUCGAAACAGAAAUAUCAGAUAAAUAUUUGAUACAUACACAAUUAAAAAUAUAUUGAAGGCAAUAAAGAUUGUUACUAUAACUCUAUAGUGAUGCUUAUGCAUUACAAAUGAAUCAUUAAUUCUAUUAUGUUAAUAUGCAUGAAAUCAAUUUUUAUAUGAUCAAUAAAUAAAUUUUAAUUUUUCAUAAUAUAAACAAAAAAAUUAGAUUUCAUCAUUAUAGUUACUUUAUUAUUUAUAAAACUCAAAAAUAAAAUAAAUAUAAAAUAUAGAAAAAAUUUUUUAUUGAUAAAAAACACACUUAAAGUCAUUUGUUCAACAUUCACCUACAAUUGUUAUAAACUUCACGCAAAGCAUAUUCCAAUUAAAGGAAUAUUGUAAUUAUCUCAUGUAAAUAAAGCAUUCACACUGCAUAUAAAAUAAAAUUUUCUUUAUUUUAUGAAUUAAUUGAAAUUUAAUUCAGAUUUGAUUGAAUAUUUAACAACUGUUGUAUAGAAGAAUAAAAUUGUAUGAGUACAAACCUCUUAUGCAUUACAAGUUUGCUACAUAAAAAAAGAUUGGAAUUAUUUAUAAUUAAAAAAAGUAUCUUAAUAUAUUAUCUUAAAAAUGUGAAAUCUUUAUAUAAGAUGUCAGACUUUAAAUUAUUGGAAUCUUCAUACUGAACAUAUAUUUCAUAAUAGGUUUCAACCCUAAAAUAGCUACACCGGCAGUAUUAUUUUAUAUUAAUUACAGAGGUAGAAAUGAAUCAUUUUGUAAAAGAAAAGUAAUUAUAUUUUAUAUUUGACAUUAUUUAAUUUCAAGUCCCUGUAUGUAAUUAUUUAUUUGAUAUAAUAUUAAGUGCAAGUAUUUUUACAAUAAAUUCGAUUAUUAAAACUAUUUGUGUAGCUACCAAAUGUAUCAUGUGCAGCAAAUUGUGUAUUUUUAUUUAAAAAAUUGAAUUUAUAAUUAUUUUGAAACUUGAUAACAUUUAUUAUUAAAUUUAAAAAUGUAUUUCCAAUAAAAAUUAAAGACAAUUUCUUCCUAACUUAAUUUUAUCCGUAUUUAUAAUUAAUAUUAUUUAUAUGUGUUUAUAUUUUUUAUAAUUAAAUUCAAAUUAAUUAAUCUUUGAUUUUAUAAGACUGUAUAUUUAACAGGAACUGGUAACAGGCUGCACCAAUCGAAUAUUAUAAGAGAAUUAUACACAAAAAAUAAUACACUUCUAUUUCAUUUAAGAAUUUAUAAAUCGUAUUGUUCAU